GAUUGAUUAAAUAGAAAAGAAAUAGAUAUUGACUGUCUAGCUGUCCUCUAUCUCUCUUUUUUUUUUAUCCAUCGAUUUGACGGCGCCGUCCAUGCUCUGUCUUUGGUGGAAACUAGAUCAGUAAUAUACGCAUUUUUCCUUGAAAGAUCUCCAUAUAAGAGCUCUAAUGAUGGUUACGAAGACGGGACAGAUAGUACGACAGGCGAAAGCAAGGAACGAAAGAAGGACUUGAUCAUGCAAAGGAGAGGGAAAGUGAUCGGACUUGAGAGUCGAUUAAACGGUAGAAGGGAUUCAUCGCGCACGCGCGCGAUGUGAGUCGCGCCGGUUGCGCGAUCACGGACGUUGUGUCGUCGUUGCAGGCUCCUGUAACGCAGUUUACGCGAGUCGCUGCUCAACCAAAAAAAGUGCGUAUACGCGUGCCUUUCGAGUCAAGCAAUGUGCCGUCUGUUUACGAGUUGUCGCUGUUCCGAUGAGUGAAUAAAGCAGGAAUGCAAGCGUAUCAUCAAUACGGACAGAUUGACAAAGCUUUGCAGCCAAUGUAAAAUAUAAGAUUGGAAGCGCAGCAUUUACAGAUACAGCCAAUAUGGAUUCUCACGUUGGUCUUGAUUACAUUGUAGAUAAUCCCGAAUAUUGCGUCAAGCUCGCCUCAGCGUUGGAGACAGCGUGUCCGUCCGUAAAGAAGCAAGUCGUGGAGCUGCUAUCGGCGCUGUGUGUUUAUAGCCAAGACGGCAGACAGAGAGCUAUCGAUACUCUUCAUACGUAUCAGGAACGAAAGGGCGAACGCUAUCGAUUGCGAGUUGUGGUCGAUGAGUUGCAGAAAGCAACGACCGAGGAUUAUCAGACGGCAUUACUAGCGUUCAUAAAUUGUUUGGUCAUAUCGACACCGGUGCUCAAGGACCGCAUACGUAUUCGCAACGAGUUCAUCGGUCUUAAGCUAUUGCCGAUCCUGAAUGAACUGCGGAAAAGUCAUGUGUCAGAUGUGAGGGUGCAGCUAGAUGCCUUCGACGAUCAACAAGAGGCCGAUGAGGAGCUCACGAAUCAUGGACCGCCCGGGAUUGAUCUCUCCUCUCACGUGGACGUCUUUUACGCUAUCCUUGGCCAAGUCGCAGACACUCCACAAGAAAUACCCUUUUUGAGUGUCUUGCAGCAUCUGCUGCGAUUAGAUCCGAAAGAUGCCGCCAGUGAUUUAGCAUGGGACAUCGCAGAAACCUUAGUACACCGAGCCACAUUGCUGGAGAAUCGCGAGGACGCCACUAAGUUAUUGAGAUCGCCUAGUCUUCAAACGAAUUUAUGCUGUCACUGUCGCGGCGCCGAUCAGAUAUGCGGAACAUCGCGAAAAACAUCGCUGUCAGCGAGCAACAAUUCACCAGUACCCUUACCGCCACCGCUGCCACCUCCGAUUCCGGUGACGCUAAGUUCAUCAACUUUGCCGAGCGAUAGCAGUUUUGUCUUGCCACCGCCGCCUCCGCCGCUGCUUUUCGUCAAUGUUGCCACGUCUGAUGCAUCAAUGGAGCCACUGAUGACGCCAUCCCUAUACGUGCCUCCUGUUACAUGUGCACCUACUCCCGAGCUACCUAGUAAUCACACCAAAUUGCUGCCGCAACAAGAAAUUCCUACCCCUAAAACGAAGAUGAAGACUAUUAACUGGAACAAGAUACCUAAUCAUAAGGUGAUUGGCAAACGGAACAUUUGGUCCCUCGUCGCGAACGAUCAUCAAAAUUCCACGAUGGCAGAUCUAGACUGGGCCGAGAUGGAAGGUUUGUUCUGUCAACAAGCACCACCAAUAGUACUAUCAGCGAAUUACUCGACCUCGUGCGGCACCGGAGUCGAUGUUGAACGACGUCGUCGUGAACCGACGGAGAUCGCGUUACUCGACGGAAAGAGGAGCUUGAACGUUAGCAUUUUUCUGAAACAAUUUAGAAGUUCGAACGAGAACAUAAUCCAACUGAUCAAGGAAGGAGGUCACGAUGAUAUCGGCGCAGAGAAACUGCGCGGUUUGUUGAAAAUAUUGCCAGAAGUAGACGAACUUGAGAUGCUUAAGAGCUUCGAUGGCGACAAAUCAAAGCUUGGCAACGCUGAGAAGUUCUUUCUGCAACUUAUGCAAGUGCCAAAUUAUAAAUUACGUAUCGAGUGUAUGCUACUGAAAGAAGAAUUCGCCGCGAAUAUAAGUUACUUGGAGCUAAGCAUCAGUUCAAUGAUACUUGCCGGUGAAGAUCUCACGACGAAUAAACUUUUGCAUGAAGUGUUAUAUAUGGUUCUAGUCGCUGGUAAUUUCCUCAACUCAGGCGGCUAUGCUGGCAGUGCGGCAGGUGUGAAGCUCUCCUCUUUACAGAAGCUAACGGAAAUUCGUGCAAAUAAGCCCGGAAUGAAUCUGAUACACUAUGUAGCGUUGCAAGCCGAAAGAAAGCGGAAGAAUUUACUAAGCUUUGUAAAGAAUAUAACUGCCCUUGAAGCCGCGACAAAGACGUCGAUUGAACAACUGACCAACGAAUUUAAUAGCUUGGAUACAAAGAUAAUAAAAAUUAAGAGUCAGCUGCAGUUUUUUUCGACCGAAAACGAUAUACAGGAACAGAUGGCACAAUUUCUUCAAAUGGCCGAGCGAGAAAUGGCACAGUUGAAGAGAGAUAUGGAGGAGCUCGAAGGAGUGAGACAAUCGCUCGCGGAAUUCUUCUGUGAGGACAUGAACACAUUCAAAAUUGAGGAGUGCUUCAAAAUAUUCCAUCAGUUCUACCAGAAAUUCAACCAGGCGGUUGCGGAGAAUGAAAGACGGCGUAUCCAGGAGGAGCAGAUCUUGGCGCGUCGCAAACAACGCGAAGAACAAUUGCUGGCGAGAAAACGAUUACUAAACAAUCAAGCGGAGAUGCUAGGCUCGGAAUCUGAAUCUAACUUGAUGGAUUAUGGGCUUUUCGACAACGGUUUACCUCAAAGAAACUAUAUCCGCGGCGAGGCCAAGAUGAGACGAUUGCAAAAUAGCGGUGUUACAGCGAUUGACGUCUCAGAUGAAGACGUCUCUGUCAUUGGAUCACCGAACAUUCGACGGCGUUUGGGCUCGUGUCCUGGCGGUUCCGAUAACCAGUCUACCAAAGAAGACACAUACUCACCAGAUAUUACGCCUAACGGCACGCUUCGUCGACGCAGAAGUAGACUACCCUGCGAGGAUGACGACGGAAAUCUAAUGGAUUUCUUACGAACGUCUGGACAGGAUAAUACGCGAGAGAGAAAAUCAUGGGGGAGUUUAGAUCGAUCGUGGGCGCGGAGAGCUCGAGGACAAUCGAGAAGAGGGGACCUGCUAAACGCCGAUUUUUCAGGAGAUCGGGAACGACCGAGCUCACCAGCUCCUCUUGCGGAAAGUAAACCAUUCUUACAAGAAGAGGAAGCGAAGUCAACUGGGAAAGCCUGGCGACAAAAGAUCGAGGAGUGGCUGUCGGAGAACGAGAAAGAGGAUCGUGCAAGCGAACAACUUCAGAAAAGAGCGAAACAAUUGCAUCAAGCGAACCGACGGUCUUUUGAAGACUCGGAAAGCGAAGGCAAGAGUUUUCCAAUGAAUAUCUCAGGGGAAGAUCAAAUAAUGGUCGAAGGAAGUUCUUCUAAAACCUACGACUGGCGACCAUCCGUUGAAAAAACGGAUGUGAUGCGCACAAUGGAAGCAAUUGAAGAAGUUCAAGUCUCGUCCCAGGAUAAGUCUCCUUGGCGAAAAUCGAGUUUGAACUUAUCAAGUAGUACGGAAGAGACUGAUCCGCGUUAUUCUCGUAAAUAUAGAUCAAGACCCAACAUGGAAAACGCAAUCAUGCCGAGCACUCUACAGGCGAUUAGAGAAGAGGACAGGAAGAAGAACAAUACCAAUGACGUAAUAAAAUUAGAUAUGCAAGACGAAUUAACGAUCUAUCUUCGACAGCCGUACACUGGAACGCAAGCGUCCGCAACUCGACAAAUUUUAAAACUCGGUAGAAGAUCCGCGGAUGAGAAUAGAGUUAGCGAUAAGAUUGAAAUCGAUUCGGAUAAUAUCGAGACGCCACCGGUAACUAGACGCUUGUUCAGUUCUUCAAAAGAUGUGAAACCCGUGGAGAAGGAACCCUGCAAAAGGGAACGUUGCAGCAGCUCCCUCCAGAAUCGAGAAACAAAGACUGCAAUAUCGAAAUGGACUGACACCAACACGGAUCUUAGUACCGGUAACUUCGAUAGGCAUUCGGCGACACGACGAACUCGUAGGUAUAGAAAGACCCAAGAUCUCACGGGAAACAAAGAUAAAUCAGACGUAUCGAGUCUCGAAUUGAUUCACGACGAGAAGUCGAAAGUGCAGCGACCUAAUACCUUUUCCCAGACCGAUGAAGAAAUUCGCCACGAGGACGCAGACACCAUGCUGCGUAUUUGGCAAAACAAAUUGAAGCGACGUGAUACCGCGCUGACGAAAAUCCCACGUUCUAAUGAAGAUCUUCAGCGUCUGCCGCAUUCAGUAUCGACGAUGGUAACGAGUCAUAGAAAUUCGCGACUUCCGAUCAGUCAACCACUGCCAGUAGUAGCGGUGACUAACACCGUAUUGAGUCCAGUAAUGCAGGAAUCGCGAUCACGCGAACCUGUCACAGUGAUUACUGAGCGGGCAGUGACGAGUCGUGAACGUCAUCGGAGCAUGAUCGAUCCAAGCCAGGUGAAGGAAGCGAUCCGUUUGACCAGCAAUCCACCCAGUCAAGUGAAUCAGGAUCAGGAAAUCAUCAAUGGUUUUUCACGAAACGGAAAUUCGUUGCGCGAUCGAAAGGACGAUGUGCUUCAGAUCGUAGAAGAAGAGAAGUGUGCAAAUCUGAAGUCCACUGGAAGUAUGAGAGAAUUCGAGGAUAUCCAGACUGCGGAUGAUUCAUGCAAUCAGUCCACGAUUCGACAGAACCCUGUGUUCCGCAAUCGAUUCAUCCCUGAUGUAAGUGUAACAACAUCGCCAUCAUCUAGUAAGAGCAGGGAUCAGGAGUUAAAUGACGAAGGCUUUGAAGAGACGCAAAGCCUCGUGUCGGAAAGCUUAAGCCAGGAGACGUAUUCCGGUAAUUACGAAACGGAUACGCAUGACUUGAUACAAUGCCCACCAGCGGAACUAGGCGGCUACGACAACGAAAACCGACGUAGCGUUAUCACAGUGGUGAACAAUGACGGCCCAGACAAUCGGAAAUCAUCCGUUGAUAAAUUACUGAUGCCGGCUUCAAGUAAGGUGUUUAACGAGAAAACGAUUGCAAGGAACGCAUCAGAGAAAUCCAACUUUUUGCCGAAACGCAUCGCAAGUGCAAAGCACGAAUCCUUUACAUUGAGAAAGAUCGAGCCUAUGAAAAGAACCUCGAAUAUAGUACCGUUGAACAAUACAGAAACCUUACAAAAUAAGAAUAAAAAUCAAGUGCAACGUUCCAGUUCCAGAAGCAGCCUGCGUAGUUCGCGGAGCUCGCUGAACAGCGCAACGUCCGUAAAUACAGUGCGAAAUUUGGCCGCGAAUCACGUGCAAUUGCAGAACUAUACUUCGGCUAUCCGAGUGCUGACUAAUGAUCUGAAGAAGAACAGUCCGUCGAGUAGACUAUCGAAGGACGCUGUUGACAAAAGACGAUUAAAUCUUUGCCAGAUGGGCGUCAGCAGGAUACCUGCUAGUAGAAGCAGCAAUAGUAGCAGCAACGUUGGACCAACAAUGAGGAGCGUUCAGAAAACAUCCGAGAUGGUGUCUGGCAUGCCAAAAGUCACAAGAGGCCGGCCAAUCGCAUCUCGUAGCAGCAGCAGUGGAAGCAGCGUAAGUCAGCAAUCAAUCUUAGGAAGUCGACCGCUUUCCGGUGAGAAAACAUUCGCAACGAAAAGUAGAUUAAUGCAGCCACGAAUCGGCUUAAAGGGUCACAGUUUUAUGAGACCUACGGCCGCCAGUGUCAACAAAGGUUUUACAACAAAUUUACCAAAAAACAUCAAAGUUGUGGUCAAAGAAUAACUUAUUGAUAAAGAAAAGAAUUGCAUUCAUCACUGAGAAUUUAAAAAGUCAAGGAGGAUUAUCUAAAUACAUUUAAUAAUUGCGUUAGGGUUAACAAAACAUUAGUGUUAUAAAGUUCAGCCGGAUGCAGAGUUUAAUGUUGAUAUUAAACUGUAAUAACGAUUUCGACAGACAGCUCGAGAUUGUUAAUAAUGUUAUCGUAAGAUAGAAAGAUUUCUGCUCUGAAAGAUUAGAUAAAAAUAUUGUUAGUCUUGCUUACUACGCUAUCUCAGUUAUUAAACUAAAAUAAGUAAGACUAUUAUCGUGUAUACGCCAUACCACACCAAACAAUGCGUACUCGGAUAUAAGAAGAAAAUCAAAUUUCUCUAUUUUUAUUGCAUGUGACAUUCAUGUUAUACGUAUAACUAAGGAAAUGCCCGACCACUGAAGGAAUUUUCCUUUUAGUUCACUCGAGAACAUAUUUAUGUGAAGUAUAUGUAACAUACUCAAUUAAUAAAUGUGUAA